AUGCCUUUCUCCCGGUCACUUGGCCUGCGCCUGGCCGCUAGCGCGAUUGCCAGUGCGUGCAUUGGUGUUGGCAUCAACGCCAUCCUGCGUCCAGACCAUGCCCUCACCUUUUUCGAGUUCCAGCCGACCUCAGCGAUCGAUAAACCCAUAAUCGACAGUCUCGUGACGAUCUUUGGAAUCCGAGAUAUCUUCAUGGGGGUUGCCAUUUUGGCAGCUUCGUACUUUGGGACUCAUUCCACGCUGGGCUGGAUCUUGAUUGCCACUGGUGGAGUUGCAUUUGCAGACGGAUUAGUCUGCUGGAGCCAUGGCGGCGGCGAGUGGAAUCACUGGGGGUUUGCACCUGUGGUCACGGUGAUCGGCGGCUUGUUACUCGAGUGA